AUGUCUAAUCAGCUCAGCGACGAUGAUCCGUUGUCAGAACCCCAAAAUACUCAGAAUAUAGACUUAUCAAAGCUAUCACCACAGGAACUUCGAAUUUAUAAAAUGUAUGGUAGAUUGCCAACAACGCAGCAAAUUUUGAGUUCUCAGUUUCACGAUAAGAAAUAUUUUGAUAGCGGUGAUUAUGCGAUGCAGAAACAGAAACCUGGCUAUAAUAAGAGUUUAAGUGGUGUUUUGGGAACUUCCAAUGGUAUGCCUAUGAGGCAUCCGAAUGCUGAACGAGUAAAGGAGAUGUCAGUGAGGAAUUCAAUAAGUGCUACAAAUGCUCAAAUAUUUGCCAAUGGUAAAAGCGGACUCUUGAAUGAAAGCACUCCAAGGGCAAGUCAGGAGAAGAGUGGAAAUGAUGAUGAAACGGUAUAG